UCACACAUGCUUGGAAUGUAAAUGCAAAAGUAUGUAGGAAGGGCUCGAGGAGAAAAGGGAGUUUGAGGUAAAGGGAAGAGAGAGGGAUGGUUACAGAGAUACAAAGAGGGGCAGGUCCAAUGGGGAACCGACAGUGGGGUGUCAACCUACUAAACCUCGGUAUAGUAUAAAAUGAAGCAGGCAGAGCUUGUUCGGCCUUUGCUUUAGUUGUGGAGGAAAGAGGAGUCUUUUGUUCCUGAUUGAACUACCCAGUGCCACCCUGAUCAAACCCUAACUGAGCACUUGCCUCUGACUUUGUAACAAGAAACAUGACGGCCAUCAAUGCACCUCGGGACAAAUACAAUGCAGUAUGGAUAAUUUUUUUUAUCCUGGGCUUGGGAACCCUCUUACCAUGGAAUUUCUUCAUGACGGCAACAAUGUACUUCACAAGUAGGCUGAAGGACCCACCCACUGACCUCCCCUUCAAUCAGACGGCAAAUGAGACUUUGGAGGGCGGAGACACUCGCAAUGUGCUGGAGUCAAAGUUUAACAAUGUGAUGACGCUCUGCGCCAUGGUGCCUCUGCUCAUCUUCACCUGCCUCAACUCCUUCCUACACCAGAGGAUUCCUCAGAAGUUUCGUAUCUCUGGCAGCCUGGUAGUCAUCCUGGUGGUUUUCCUGUUGACGGCGGUGUUAGUCAAGGUGGACGUGGCCCCACUGCCCUUCUUCACCAUCACUAUGAUCAAAAUUAUCUGCAUCAACUCGUUCGGGGCAAUUCUUCAGGGCAGUUUGUUCGGGCUGGCGGGGAUACUGCCUGCCUCCUACACCACUCCCAUCAUGAGUGGACAGGGGCUGGCCGGCACCUUUGCUGCUUUCUCCAUGAUCUGCGCACUGGCCUCUGGAUCAGCCCUUCAGGACAGCGCUUUUGGUUACUUCAUCACAGCCUGUGUUGUUAUUCUCCUGGCCAUAAUGUCCUACUUCGUUCUGCCCAGGAUGGAGUUUUUCCAGUACCACAUGGAGAGUAAUGGAUCCAGACCCUCUGCCGAUGAGGAGAACAAGAUGGACUUACUUAAAAAAGAAAGUUCAGCAGAGAAGCGACCGGUGGUGAGUCUGAUGGAGGACGAGGCCAAACCCACCGUGUCUGUGGUAAACAUCUUCAAACAGAUCUGGGUGAUGGCUCUGUCAGUGUGCUUCAUCUUCACCGUCACCAUCGGAACAUUCCCAGCCGUGACAGUGGAGGUCGAGUCGACGGUAGCAGCUGGAGGCGCCUGGGGAACUUACUUCAUCCCCGUGUCAUGUUUCCUCCUCUUUAACCUGAUGGAUUGGGCUGGCAGGAGUCUGACGGCCGUCUGUAUGUGGCCGGGCAAAGACAGUAUGUGGCUUCCUGUCCUGGUGGGUCUGCGGGUCGUCUUCGUCCCUCUCUUCAUGCUGUGUAACGUCCAGCCUCGUAACUACCUCCCUGUGCUGUUUGGCCACGACGCCUGGUACAUCGUCUUCAUGAUCUUCUUCUCUUUCUCCAAUGGAUACCUGGCCAGUCUCUGCAUGUGCUUCGGACCUAAGAAGGUCUCCCAGCAUGAGGCGGAGACGGCCGGGGCCAUCAUGGCCUUCUUCUUGUCCCUCGGCUUGGCGCUGGGCGCUGCAGUCUCAUUUGCUUUCCGGGCCAUGAUCUAAAAGAUCUCCAGUCAAACCUUCAGUAGUUGUAGACUUAGAUUAGACCACCCCGCCCUCAAACACUCUCCCCAUCUUUACCCGUCAUGGGAGAGCCAUGCUUCUCUACAACAAUCUCCGCGACUGAGUGGAGACAGCAUGACAGAUUAGAAGACUAGAGGACCUCAGUCUUCUGAAGAUAGACGGUAGAGACUUGUCUCAUCCAGACAUCUCGGCAACAAUAUAAGCUGAAACAUGUUAAGUGAAUAUUAGUUCUCUCGAUGCCAUUGAUCAAACGGGUUGUUUCUCUGUGAUGGAAUUGAAGAGUUCAUAGUGUAACUCAACAAGUGACUCGUCAUGACAGCAGAAAUUUUUCAAGAUGUGUUUUAAGUUUCCCCGGAUAUCCCGAAUCCUGAGCCCAGUGUUAAUGAAGACGUCCUGUACACAGAGUAUCCUCGAGCCUCAUUCAUAAAAAGUUAUUGUGAUAAAAUGGCUUGUAAAGUAAUACAUUUCUUUUACUUUCUUUAGAAAUCCUAUGAAGUUAUGAUGGUGUGUACAUUAAGUCUCAACACAUUUUUAUUAAUGAGGCUCUUGGAUUAAAAUUUACCGUUUUAUUUGGAUGAGCCAAACAGCAGAAUCUAUCAGUUUGUAAACUGAUCUCAAUGUGACUUUUUUUUUUUAUGACUUCACUCUGGACUGGUGCAGCUUUUUAACUUUGAUCAAGCCAAAUACAUAGACAACAUGGGAAAAUGAUGAAUUUUGAAGGGAGAUUACCAUUAUCCAUCCAACGGCUAAUUAUAAAUGUGCCUUGUGUAAACCGCUUCGCUCCCUCGUUCUACUUGUCGAUUUGGGUCACUUGUAUUUUUAAACUUCCUCAUAACAAAUGAGUAAAUUCUCAAAGAAUGUAAGGCUGGACUAAAUCCUAAAGACCAUGUUUCAAUCAAUCUGCUGAAUAUUCGUUGUCUUAGAGAGUAGUGUUUGUUUUUUAGUUAUAGAUGAAGUACCAGUGUGGGUCUAUUUGGUUUGUCAGAAAACACAGAGGUCACGUUUUCUGUCUAGAUUUGUCAGCCCACAUGUUGAAGUUUUUACUGUUACUGUGUCUUCCUGAUAAACAUAUUUUGCCACAAUGUAUUUUUGAACGCAGCAAAAAGAAAAUAUACAGCCAGUGAUGUUUUUUUUUUGUUUUUUUUAAAUCUCAUUCUUUCGCCUUCAUGAGCCUGUGACAUUUCUCAUUUAAACAUGUUUUCAUAGAUAAGUUUUGUAUCCAAAAUAGUUUUUAGAUUGUUUUUUAAACUUUACGACUUGGCUCUCGCUGAGUUGGUGGUGUUAUGAAUGAGGAGGUAAAAGGCCUCGUGCCCGUCAGUGUUAUAUUUUUGUGGCCUUUUGGAUGCUUUUUUUUUUUAUAAGUCUGCUUUAAUUGUCCAAAUAUUACUCAUAAUGCAAGCUGUAUAGAUCCUAACUGCCUGUUUUUUUAAAAGCACAUUGGUCUGUUCUUCCAUACUUAGUGUUUGGUUGGUAUGGGAGUCAUGGACCAUUAAAAAGUUACUUAUAUUGCAGCUUCAAACCGUUCUGUGAUAAAAUAAAACUGUAUUUUUAAGAA